AUGACAUCAACAAAUUGUUUACCAAAUAUGGUUCAAGCUAUCACGGUUCUCACUGUUCUAAAAAUGUUAACAAACGCACAAACAACGUGCAACCAAGGCAUCGGCCGAAUCGUUUACGAAAGACUACCAGACCAACAGUUACAAGGAUUCGACGACGACGUAGUGCGCGACACGGCUCCGCCAUUCCGGGUACUGGAAAAAUGCCAAGAGCUGUGCCUUCGUGACCGCACGGCUACCAACAACUUGGUAAGGACGUGCACGUCGUUUGACUUCCAGCCGGGCAGCAGGAUCGCGUCGUUCAGUGGCACUGUGGAGUACGAAGAGUCCACGUGCUAUUUGACCAGGGAACAGGCGCACCCCGAAGGCAUUGGUGUCUUGGUACUGGUGCCCAAUAGCGUGCACUACACCGAAGUCUGUCUGUCGUCUAGUAGAAUUGAAAGAGAAUGUCCGAACAGACAUUAUGUUUUCGAAAGGCAUACCAGGAAGAAACUUAAGUUACCACCUAGUGAAUACAAGGAAAUGAUAGCAGCUAAUCGGACAGAUUGCGAAGAUAAGUGUUUGAAUGAAUUUACGUUUGUUUGCCGAUCGGCUACUUACGACUCAGCAUCCAAGACUUGUUGGCUAAGCAGGUUCACCAGAAGAUCGCAUCCGGAAUUGUUAGAAGAAGAUCCUAGUUCCGAUUAUUUAGAAAACACGUGUCUCAAUGUUGAAAGACGCUGUGAUGGACCGGUUAUAUUUGUAAAAGAAGAAAAUAAGCGGUUGGGAGGACCUUUUGAAGUGGACAUAUUUGCUAAUCUAUCGUUGAUUGAAUGUCAAGCGCAGUGUUUACGAGCUGAAAAAUAUUUUUGUCGGUCAGUCGAGUACGACGAGCAAAUUCGUCGGUGUAUUAUAUUUGAAGAGGAUUCGAUGUCACAGAAGGAUGACCUAAGAGUGAGCAGUAGUCCGACACAUGACCUAUACGACCUAGUCUGUCUAGACAACCGUGGUGAUUUGCUUACAGCCAAAGGCAACGAGUUCUCAGACAACACGUUGACGUCACACCUUUUCGCCGACGGACGAAGACCAGACACAGCUUUUCAACGGUACCGGAACAGCAGACUCGGUGGCGAAUUUCAUUCGGAAAUCACUGGACGGUCGUUGAGUGAAUGUCUGGACGAAUGUCUGCGACAAGUGAGCUUCCAAUGUCGGUCGGCCGUCUAUAGCGAACGUUUUAGAAUUUGUCGGCUCAGCCGUUUUAACCAGAGGGAUGGACAUCGUGUGAUAUACGACGCAGAUUACGAUUACUACGAAAACUUAAUGAACGGGGGUGCUACUUCACCACCGUUCACAAGACCUGAUCCUUUGGGACAAGGAUCGAAUUUCCUAGGUAGUGGUAAACCACCUUAUCCCACACCUGGGAAACCAAUAGGAGGUGGAUUUGGUGGCGUUUAUGGAGGAGGAUCGUAUCCCGGCUAUUCCAGUACUGCUGGAAGUGGAAUAGGUGGAGGAGGUGGUGGAGGAGGAGGAGGUUUAAGUUCAAGUAUCGGGCCCUAUCCCAGUGAAGCACCUGGAGGAUAUUGGGGCCAUGUUGGAGGUCAUGGAGCGGACAUACCUCCUUUUCUGGGACAAGGAGGUGGAGGAAUAGGCGUCAAUAAUUAUGGAUUUGGAUCAACACCAGCUGUUAUUGGGUCGUCAAUACCACCCUACACACCUUCGGCUAUACCAGGUGGACUACCACCGAUUGGAGGACCACCUCUUGGACCUCCUUUAGGCAUACCAUCUGUGCCAGGAUAUUAUGGCGGAGGUGUUGGUGGCAUUGGAGGAAUUGGUGGAAAUGGAAUUGAUGCUAAUAGACCGUUCAACAUAAGAUGUGACGAAUCUGAUGGAUUUAAACAGAUGGGUGUGCGAAUGCGAAUGGCAAGAGGACUGAUUAAGCGUUUCAUAACUGCACCUACAUUAUCACAUUGUGAACGUGAAUGCUCGAUGGUCAGAGACUUCAACUGUCGAUCAUUCAAUUACAGAACCGCACCAUACGGGACGCAGAGAGAAAAUUGCGAGUUGAGCGACCAGGAAACACGAUUUGUCGAUAUGGGAAAUCCAGCAUUCUUUGAGAACGCGCCGGAAUACGAUUUUUACGAAAAAUCCGCAAUGGGCAGUAGAAGCAGUCAAGAGUGUUUGGACGUGACCCAAGUGUGCAGCGAAGAUGGAAUGGAAUUUACGCUGCGUACCCCAGAAGGGUUCUUAGGGCGAAUAUACACUCACGGAUUUUACGACAGAUGUUUCUACAGGGGUAAUGGUGGAACCGCAAACGUUUUACGGAUUAGUGGUGCUCAGGGAUAUCCAGAUUGUGGAACUCAACGGUAUGGAGAUACAAUGACCAACAUAGUCGUGGUACAGUUCAGCGAUUACGUGCAGACUAGCCGAGACAAGCGAUACAACCUGACAUGUUUAUUUCGAGGCCCAGGGGAGGCUGUCGUCACUUCGAGCUACAUGACCGCAAAUUCUGGAAGUCCGAUUCCUAUCGAAUACUUACCGGCCGAGAAUUCGCUGAGUUCGCGUGUGCGGCUGAUGAUACUGUUCCAGGGCCGACCUACUCAAACCAUUGCCGUGGGAGACCCGUUGACAUUCCGACUGGAGGCUCAAGACGGAUACAACUACGCCAGUGACAUUUUCGCCACCAACGUCAUUGCUAGGGAUCCGUACAGUGGUAGAAGUGUGCAGUUGAUAGAUCGUUACGGAUGUCCCGUGGAUAACUUUGUAUUUCCCGGGCUGGAUAAGGCUCGGGAGGGUGAUGGCCUAGAAGCGAGAUUUAACGCUUUCAAAAUCCCAGAAUCGAAUUUCUUGGUGUUCGAAGCUACCGUCAGGACAUGUCGGGACGGGUGUCAACCGGCGUAUUGUACAUUGCACGCCGGGAGAACGGAACCGUCGUUGGGCAGACGUCGUAGGGACGUGGGUGGUAUCGAUAAGAACGACACGGCAGUAGAAAAACAAAAAGAAUCAGCAGAAACAACACCCGGCGAAGAAGAGAAAGUGCGGCAAGUCAUAGAGGUGUACGAAAGUCGAUACGAUAUGCCUUUGGAACAACUUCUGACCUCAGAACCGGCUCCUCAGAGCGUCUGUUUGACGAGCAGGGAAUAUUACAGUAUGGUAUUUUCGCUGUUCAUGUUUUUGGUACUCUUGAUCACCGUAUCCAUGUCGGCUGGAAUAUACUACAAGCGUUAUUGGCUGUUGGCGACUAAAAACGAAUUGGCGAACAACAGUUGUCUGGGCAGCACGGCCAACUGUAGCAGCGGAUCGACAGGGAGGAUGUCGUUUUCGGGCCGCAGCUUCUUCUCGAACAUGUCAUUUGGAAAACGCAAACCGUUCCUGAACAUAAGAGCUCCUGUGGAAUCGAUGGAAACGGGAUCGGCCAAUCCAACGGCAAUGGUAGUUGGCGGCGGAGGCGGAGGUGGUGGCAAAGGAUUCGAAGACCCGAGCGAACCUAUUUACACGGACCCGUCGCUGUUCGAGCGAUCCCGAAGCCUGCGCAGUAUUGCGUACUCUUCAGCCGGUCAAAACGUGUUCAAAAAUGAAGCCUUCUGUCAUUGA